UCACACAGCGGUAUCACGAGCGAGCAGCUCAGCACCACUCCGCGGUCCGCACCCAAUCCAACCAAAAUCAGACGCCAACGCCACUGCACCACCGCAUUGUUCGCUCACAUCCUACGCACGCACGCACGCGGCACGGCACGGCACGCCACCGCCUGAUCCACCCGUGCACCCACCGGCCACCGCAAAACCCCCAAGAUCCGACGAAACCUGCCGCCGUCCGUUGACCAGGCCGUGGAGAAAGAUGGUGCGUAGGGGGUCGUCGUACUACGUGGAGGCGGCGCCGCCGGUGGACGUGAACAAGAACACAGAGUGGUUCAUGUACCCGGGCGUCUGGACCACCUACAUCCUGCUCCUCUUCUUCGCCUGGCUCCUCGUCCUCUCCUUCUCCGGGUGCUCCCCGGGGGCCGCCUGGACCGUCGUCAGCCUCGCGCACUUCGCCAUCACCUACCACUUCUUCCACUGGAAGAAAGGAACUCCAUUUGCGGCUGAUGACCAAGGCAUCUACAACAGAUUGACAUGGUGGGAGCAAAUUGACAAUGGCCAGCAGCUUACUCGGAACAGAAAGUUUUUAACCGUGGUACCUGUGGUGCUGUAUCUGAUUGCAUCACACUUGACUGACUACAAGCAGCCAAUGCUUUUCCUAAACACGGUGGCAGUUCUGGUGCUGGUUGUAGCCAAGCUACCAAACAUGCACAAGGUCCGCAUAUUUGGAAUCAAUGCAGACAUCUGAGGCCCACUGCGAGAAUGACGCUGAUGCUCGCUUCAAACCUCUGCAAGAGCGACAUGGAACCAGCGGAUGUUUGCAAACACAACAUAGUGUGUCACCUGUAAUAUCUGUAUAGGUGUAGAAAGAACUGUAAAUGUCACUAGCAUACAAGGUUUGCCUGCAGAUUGCUGUGUGUUUGUUGUUGCAGCUUCCGUUAGAGUUCACUGGAAGUGUAGUCUGUAACUACAAUAAACACGCCAGUAUGUGGAUGAGAAAAGUGUGUAGCAAAUGUUCUUUGGUGUCUGGUAGAAUGAAACCCAGAAAUUACUGGAAGAUCAUCUUUGUGUGACACACACAAAGUGACUUUAAUUUCUGCAAGA